GUUUUUCAUGAGCUCGUUUUGGGAUUUGCUGGUCGGUGACAUGCCUCCCUCCGCCUGGCUCCUUAUAGCACCGGCCCAGGGAGGUAGGAAUUCUAGCCGAGUGGUACGGACAUCGCCGACAGAGACCGCAAACACAGAGCACUCCCUUUAAACACGGUCUUAUGACCGAGAACCCACUCAAUCAGCUGUAUACGCAAGAAGCGGACGAACGUUGUACCCAUACCCGGACUGAAGAGGUUAGAGGGAGGUACGCGCACCACAUCUCUCGCGGAGAUUGCGUUAGUGGACUUUAGAGAGCACCGGAUAUUUAGAGAUAACUGUUUGGAAUUGGGACGCAGUCGACACACAAUUCUAACCUUUUCCUAACCGUCACCCAGGUGAGUGUCGUGCAUAUGUGCAGUGAACCUGUAUUCCUCUGGACCCCCUCUGACGUCAUCAUCUAUAUUUGAUAUUUGACCCUGCUCCCCAAAGGCCAUGUGUCGCCUGUCGAUGACCUCACUGUUUUUCUGCUUCUGGUUGGUGGAGAUGAGUCAGUGUGACGCCUUCAGCCUACAGGAAACCAUGGGACAGCUGCACACAGAUUUCGCUGUCAGCCUCUAUCAAACGCUGACCGAGACAGAGAACAACUCCAACCUGAUUGUGUCGCCGACGAGUGUCUCGCUGUCCUUGGGCCUUUUGCAGCUGGGCGCCCGUGGCAACACACUUGCGCAACUGGAAGAGGCGCUGGGAUACGACAUCAAUGACAUGCAUGUGCAGGAGUUCCUGUCGCGGUCGCAGGGGGACAGCGGUAAUUUCAGUCGCGGGGUGCAGCUACGUCAGGCCUCCGCCCUAUUCGUCCAAAGUGGUGUACAGCUCCUUCCUGUUUUCACCCAGCGUGUAGCAGCCUUGGGCAAAAGCAGCCUGAUCCGAGCCAACUUCAGCCAGGCGAACCACACCCGCGACCAGCUGGAACAGUACGGACACAACCAAGGCGGUGGUGAGCCCCUCCUGGCCAGUGGCAGUGGGGAGCUGUUUGGGUCCGGCGAGGCCCAAGGAGAGGCUUCAGGGUGGGGUCGACGGUUGCAGAUGGCCCUGGUCAACACGGUGAAUUUCCGGGGAGUGUGGCAGAAACAGUUCCUGUUCACCGACACGCAGAACCUUCCAUUCACCCUUUCAGAUGGCAAAACCAUCAAGGUACCCAUGAUGUACCAGGCUACCGAGGUCAACUUCGGCCAGUUCCGCACACCAUCAAACCAGCGCUACACCGUCCUGGAACUACCGUACUUUGGACGCUCCCUCAGCCUGUUAGUGGUGUUGCCCAGUGAGAGGAAGACACCUCUGUCCUUGCUUGAAUCCCAACUCACCCCCCGCGCUGUGGCCGCCUGGGACACUGGCCUCCGCCGAACCAAGAUGGACGUUUUCCUCCCGAGGUUUAAAAUGCAGAACAGGUUUAACCUGCGGACAGUUCUUCCCUCUAUGGGGGUCAGUGACGCAUUCAACCCAAUGGCAGCAGACUUCACAGGCACCUCAGCAGAGGAGGGCCUGUACGUGUCCGACGCUUUCCACGAGGCUAGGAUAGAGGUGACAGAGGAUGGGACCAAGGCAGCGGCUGCCACAGCUAUGGUGCUCCUGAAGCGAUCCCGCGCCCCCGUCUUCAAAGCAGACCGACCGUUCUUCUUCCUCUUACGACAAGUUAGCACAGGAUCUAUUCUAUUCAUGGGACGUUUGGUGAAUCCAGCUGACCAGGCAUCGUAGGUACUCUUUUCUUCAACCACCCAGCCUUCCUUUCACCUCCGUACCUUAACCCGGGUGUUUCGCAAAAAAAGCGUGUUCCGUUUUGCCUGACCACUAUAAGCUGGCUCCCAUCACCAUGAAGCGUUGGGUGUUUGAAACGAGCUGUAUAGCGCUAGGAGAAAAACACAAAUUGGAACCAGGAAACACUGUCUUACGCAACUCUUUGACCAUCCUUACCAGUAUUUAUUGGGGACCAACAAGAGGUUCCAGACUUCAGGAACAGGGACAAUAUUUUUGUACAUAUUUGUAAAUAAAAUUUUAAUACAUUUGUGUUUUGCA